AUGUCCGAUAAGCGUCAUCGACAAGUUGUAAGAGCUGCCUAUGAGGUUGGACAGGAAGUGGUGUUAGGUGAACACAACCAAAUUGUCGAACAACUUAAGGGUGAAAUACUAUCUGAGUUGAAGUUGGAGAUUCGUUCGAAUUUUACGGACCUUACAAAUUCUAAUUCGUUGACACCGAAAACUACUCAACGUCCAUUUGCCGAAGCCAGUCGUAACAAAGCUCGCCGUCUUUUCCCGAAUAAAGAUGGGGCUAAAUCUGAUGUCUCAUCUCUAUUACGUGGUACUGGUAUGCCUGUUUCACCAUCUCUUGGCACGAUAACAGUAGCUGAUCGUACACCAAAGUUUUGGCUUUACCUAUCACGUAUUGCACGCGAUGUUUCUGUUGACCAAAUUUCCAUUCUGGCGAAACAACGUCUUAUCACCGAUGACGUGGAAGUCGUUAGACUUGUUGCAAAGGAUCGUGACGUAAAAACAAAGAAUUUCAUCUCGUUUAAAGUUGGAAUCAAACCUGAGCUCAAGGUGCGAGCCCUAUCUGCUUCAACAUGGCCCGAAGGAAUUCUUUUCCGCGAAUUCAAGAGCAAUCGCACCGUAUCAGCUGGAAAUUUUUGGACACCCCUCUAUCCGCAGCCAGAUCAGUCGCCAGUUCAGGCCGAUACUCAUCAGCCUGCUUCACCAUCAUCAGUUCAAUCAGCUAUGACGGAAUAA